GUACUUUGAACUUCUGUUUGGGCGAUUGUCGGUAUCCGGGUUAUAUUUUAACUACGGCACAUUUUAUAUCAUACGCCACGAUAAAACUAAUAUUAAUGAACCCCAUUAUAUGUCGUGCAUUUUGGCAAUGCAUUUGACGAUCGGCCUAUAGGCCAGCUUCUUCUCAAAGCUACAGCUUCAGAUUUAUGGGGUGGUUUAAAUUGAGAUUAUCCUUAAAUUGGACCCGUGGAUAUUAAAAUGAUUGGCUGCCUUGGCUUUUGAGCUUCAUAAAUCAUUUUGGUUUAAUAUCAUCUGGAUCCAAAACGCCGAGGAGAAAGUAACAGCUAUGGUUUCCAGGAAGUUGUCUAUUUUCCUCUGUCUACUGGCAAUCAUCUUAUUAUCGACAUCGUGUGUCAGGGGAUAUGAUGAAAUCGUCAACGUGACGGCAAUCGAUGUCGAGAAAGAAUCCUUCACGCUAAAGUGGGAGUGGGUGGUUGAUGACAGUGACUAUUUCGAUCCUUGGGGAUGUCAAAUCAGCGUCCAUCUUGUGCAAACUUUGAAAGUCGUCCAUGAAGUCGAGAUAGAAGGCAUGAACACGUCUUACGCCGUAGGGGAAAAUUUGACGCACUGGGAGUUGUAUGUAAGUUGCAUAACGCCGAUUUAUACAAACGGCACUGUGAUUAUCGAUGGCGAUGUCUCGACGUGCUCGGAUACUAUCCAGACGGAAUACGAUCCAUGGACAGGAAGACCUCAGUUGGCUGUCAUUGUAACAGGAGGAUUGAUUUUCAUGGUCAUUGUAGCUCAACUCAUCAACUUCGAAUGGCCUAGAGAUCAGAAGCGGACAUUCACCAUCGAUGACCUGGAUGAGGACGACGAUGAUGAGGAUGGGAAACCCGAACCAGUAGAUCUGGAUAACCAUGGAUUUGAGCAGGACGAAGAUGCAACGAGCUCAGUGAACGAUUGGAAUGCAGCUGCUACGGCGGCCGUCAUUGAAAGCAAAGGUGGAAAGCCAAGAGGCGAUGUCAAGCAAUGGGUAAAGGAAGCAGAUGUCCAUCACAAAACGAUGAGGUAUGGUCAAGACCUAAGCCAGGAUAAACACCAAUCUCUCGGCGAUCAGCCAGGUAUUCAUCAACCUGUUGGAGAUGAUGUCAACGGGAACACGGUUGGGUCCGUCGAAGAGGGCGUCGCGGCUUCAGAACUGGACAACUACCAUCUGCGUUACCAACAGGUCAGUGCGAAUCAAGAAGUCAGUCACUUGGCGUCUGGAAAUUCAGACCCUCACCAGCCAUCAGCAAAUAUUCCAUCAGGUCUUGAGGAACCGUCAUACCAGAAUCAAAAUCAGGUGGCAUCCCAAAUGCAGGACCCGCCAAUGCCAGCUCACCAGAUGCAGGAUCAAAGUCAGGUAACGCACCGCCAUCGGGAACAGGAAGCUUAUGAGGCAACGUACCAGAAUCACCAGAUGCAGGAUCCAAGUCAGGUAACGCACCGCCAUCAGGAUCGGGACGUUUAUGAGGAAAUGUACCAGAAUCACCAGAUACAGGAUCCAAGUCAGGUAACGCACCGCCAUCAUCAGGAACCGGAAGCUUAUGAGGCAACGUACCAGAAUCAUAGUUUCUCAAACGAUUACGGAAACGUGAUACAACAGGAUGACGGUACCAGUGAUCGCAAUUAUGGUUAUGACUAUGAUUCGGAAUAUGACGGUUAUGAACAGACUAUCAGACAGUAUCCUAGGGAAAGCGUUAUGGAAAGUCAUUAUGAUACAGCUUUGCCAUCCUUUGAUGAUGAUUAUGCACGGUAUUUUUAGCUAUGCUAUAUUCAUUUUCAAGGUCAAAUUUUAGGGUAAAUUUGUUUAUCGAUGAUCAGCAGCCAAUCGUUAUUAAGGUUUCCAAGACAGCUACAAUGUUGUAAGGGCCUGUUUUUUUUUCUUUCUUAUCAAUUCCUCAACAUUUUUAGAGUCUGCUGAUCGUAUACCAACCCUCACCCCUAAUCCGAUUUCUCAUUAUCACUCUUUUCCUCUCUCUUUCUCUCUUUUCGCUAUUUUUCUCUUUCUCUCGCUCUCUCCUCCCAAUGUCCUUAAGGCCCGGUCCCACUGCACUUACAGAUGCAGAGAGGAUGUAAAACGAAAAAGAAUCUUGCCAUCCCUUGUAAAACGUUAUGUAUCCGUUGUUUAUUCUUUACAUAGUGUUUCAUACGCUCUAUAUCCAUCGAGCAUCCGUCCACUGUGAUUCCAUUGUUCGCCCAUUUCGUUCAUUGUGUGGAGCGGAUGGAAAAAACGGAUGGAGCCACCCCGAAAUUUUGCUUGUCCUCUGUAUGCGUUAUGAAUACGUUUUGUGUCCGUCGGCCAGUGGGACAAGGCCUUUACAUAACGUUUUCCAACGGAUGGCAAGAUUCUUUUCCGUUUUACCUCCUCUCUGCAUCCGUAAGUGCAGUGGGACCGAGACUUCUCCCCUCGAGCAACAUGCAACAAUCAGAUCGGGCCAGCGGGUUGUUGUUUAUGACUCCCGUCUGAAAUUUGAAUUUUCUAGUAUAACUCAAUCCAAUCUUCUUACUCCGAGCUCCUUAGAUGUUAACCAAUUGUCUGUUGAUCAUUCUAUGUAAUUCUGUUUAAAGUCACUUGACUCUUUUAAUAUAAUUUGGAUCUUCCAAGGUAGUAUUUACAAUUUAGCAAUAAUGAAUAAUAAUUCUGAGACGCAUUCAAAUUUUCUCAGAAAUAGCCUUCUUUACUCAGCUUCUAAAUUGAUCAAAAUCAUACCCGCAACAAUCCGAAAUAUCCGUCAACAUUUGCAUAAUUAUCACUCUUUAAAACAAUACCCAUCCUCUGACCGUUUCCCCAUAUAGAUUAAUUAACAUACCCACAAUUUGAAUUUGUAUAUUAUUGUUCGUUUCGUUGCUUCUCAUUUGUGUAUACUUUAAUUUUGUUGUUUAUCAAUUUUUGCAUUAUUUUCAAUUUGUGUUGUAUCAUGUUUUCGUUAUCAUUUGUACUUUAAUUUCUUAGCAUUGUGUUCACGGCCUUGCUGAAAAGUAGCAUUUAGCCGAUAUCAGGUUUUAACCGUGAUAAAAUAAAUAAAAAAAUUCUAAAAAAAUACAAAUAUGCGUCUCUACAUGGUAUUCAAGAUUAAAGGUACAUAAAAAAUAUACCCCGGUAUAUAAGUGAUAUUUUUGGUUUCCAUGGUUUCGGGGAUGUUAGUCGGUUUACUCACUCGGACUGAAAAGAAUUAAGAAUAUGCGUUGUCCCAUAUAAGCUGUACAAAAAAAACCCUUUAGAUUGUCAUCUGUGCUUGUCGGCUUACAUCUGUUUGCUGUGUUAAAGAGUCGUUAUUUGGGCUAAUUUAAGUUAAGGUUUAACCACUAGUGGGGUGCGUUUCAUUAACAGUGUUUGUAAUAACUAAGUUGCGAUUACAGUAAAAGGCUACUGAAUUCCUUCAAUCUGAUUGGCUGAUAGUAUAUUUGUUAUAGAAAUUGUGCAUUUGUUAAUGUUAACAAGAUUUUUUAAUCUGUGUUGUGAUUAGACUGGAGGCCCUACGUGUGAUUGUUAAGACUUUCUUGAAUGAAUAAGGAUCAUAUUUAUAAUAAAAAAAGACAUAACGAUUGGCAUAAUGAUGAA